AUGGUCAACAGCGACAUCCAGGUUUCCUUGGGGGUGAUCCAAGAGUUUUUGAAGCGGCACAACUUCAAGCAGCUGUUGGCGACGUUGGAAAACGAGACGUCGACGGGCAAGAUCGCCAUCAAAAACGUCCCCACGUUGGAGAAGAUGGUCGAAAGUUAUCAAGGCGAGCUUUCGGUGACGCCGUCGCUGGCGUCGGACCUGUCGUCCGACUCUUCAUCGGACCUGUCCUCAGACCUGGACCUGGACCUGUCCUCGGACCUGGACCUGUCGUCUGACCUGGACCUGGACCUGGAUGAAGAGAUGGAAGAUGCUGAAAAGCAAGUGAAGGAAGAAAAGAAAGAAGAGGAAGAAAAGAAGGAGCUGGACCUGGACUCCCUGGACUCUCUGGACUCUCUGGACAGUCUGGACUCUUCAUCCGACUCGAGUCUGGACUCCGACUCUGAUUCGAGCCUGGACUCCGACUCGGACUCGGACUCCCUGUCUUCGCUGUCGUCGUCGUCGUCGUCGUCGGACUCAAGCCUGGACUCCGACUCCGACUCUGACUCCGACUCUGACUCCGACUCUGAUUCAGAGGCGGACACCAAACAAAAGCGGGCGGGUCUGGACGAAGAGGAGUCCCCGGCGAAGCGGGCGAAAGUGGACACCAACUCCAGCUCCACCGAACCGACCCUGGUGACGUCGUCGGCCUCGCCCGAACCUACUGAGGCUUACGACGACCUUAAGCCGGGCCAGCGGAAGCACUUUUCGCGUAUCGACCGGUCGAAGGUUUCCUUUGAAGCGGAAGCCCUCCAGGACAACUCCUACAAGGGCGCCGCCGGCACCUGGGGGGAAAUGGCCAACGACAAGUUGGGGCGGGUGAGAGGCAAGGACUUCACCAAGAACAAGAACAAGAUGAAGCGCGGGGCGUACCGCGGCGGGUCGAUCACGUUGGCGUCGGGGUCGUACAAGUUCACCGACUAA